AUGGAAGGCUUUAACUCGGCUAUUGAAUCAUCCGGCCUCGCUGAGGUUGAAAUCAGAGGACAUAGAUUUACUUGGGACAGAGGAAGAGGCACACCUAACUGGGCCCAGGAAUGUCUUGAUCGAGUGUUAGUCUCGCAGUCUUGGUUGGAUAUUUUUGAGCAUGCUAUAGCUGAAUCUGUUGUUACUCCAGUGAGCGAUCAUCUUCCUAUUUUCAUGCAACCCAUCAUCACUUCUAGGCAUAGAAGGAAGGCUAAGUUUCGUUUUGAAAACCUCUGGAUAGCAAACUGUCGCAUUCUUGUAGCUGAAUCUUGGACUGCAUCAAGGGGUGCAAACUUAAUUUCUAGGCUCAAUUCUUGUAGUAAAGCCCUCUGGGAUUGGGGCAGGAAGUUGAACAAAGAUUUUCAGCCAAAGAUUGACUAUUACCUAAAGCAGAUGGAUUUACUCAGAAACCGGUCAGAUCAUGCCGGAAUGCUUGCAUUCUCUGAUGCUCAACGAUGUUGUAUCCACCUCCUACAUCAGCAAAACACUUAUUGGAAGCAGCGUGCAAAAUCUUUUUGGCACAAAAACGGUGAUCUUAAUUCCCGUUUCUUUCACAACACUGUCAAAAGAAGAAGAAGAAACAACACUAUCAACAAGCUCAAAAACUCUGCUGGUACUUGGGUGGAAAAAGGUCCAGGUCUUAAUGCGUUAAUUCUGAACUACUUCUCUUGUUUGUUUGACACUACCCCUGGUGACCUCACCCCGGUUCUCAACUGCAUCAAGCCUAGAAUCACUCAUUCCCACAACCAGUUACUCCUUCGUCCUACUAAUCCGGAGGAGGUCAAACGAGCUGUUUUCUCCAUGCAUCCUGACAAAUCCCCAGGACCGGAUGGCUUCAAUCCCGAAUUUUAUCAGGCAUUUUGGGAUAUUCUUGGUCCGGACAUCACUCAGUUGUGCAAUGAUUUUAUCGCCUCUGGAAAGCUACCCCAUGGACUCAACAGCACCCACAUCGUCCUUAUCCCCAAGAAGGAAACUCCGGAGAAUAUGGGUGAUCUCCGCCCAAUUGCAUUGUGCAACGUUGCCUACAAGAUUAUUGCUAAAGUCUUGGCAAACAGAUUGAAAGGACUUCUUGACAACGUUAUUGCCGAGAACCAGAGUGCAUUUGUGCCCGGGAGGAUGAUCUCGGAUAACAUAAUGGUCGCUUUUGAAGCCCAUCAGUACCUGAAGAGAAAGCGACAAGGCAAGGAAGGUUUCACAGCACUCAAGCUUGAUAUGAGCAAGGCGUUCGACCGAGUGGAAUGGCCCUUUCUCCAUGCUAUGCUAAACAAACUUAGUUUUGACGCUAGAUGGAUCUCUCUUAUAAUGGAAUGUGUCUCCACGGUCAGUUAUCACAUUUCCCAUGACGGUAGCUUGAUUGGUCCGAUUAUUCCUUCCAGGGGCCUCAGACAGGGCGAUCCCAUCAGCCCCUACCUAUUUAUCAUCAUCGCAGAGGGUCUUAGUGCCAUGAUCAAGAAUGCAGAGAAUAAUGGUCUUCUACAUGGUAUUCAAGUUGCACGUGGAGCUCCAAAGAUCUCUCAUCUAUUGUUUGCCGAUAAUAGUUUCUUGUUCUGCAAAGCUACCAUCCCGGAGAUACAUACAUUGAAAACCAUCCUCGAUGAUUAUGCCAAUGCAUCUGGACAGCUUAUCAACUUCAACAAAUCAUCCAUUUUCUUCAGCCCUAAUGUUUGUAACAUCUUGAAAACUUCUAUUUGUAGCAUUUUGCAGGUUGAGGGAGUGGGGAAUUCCAGUUCUUAUCUUGGUUUACCUUCACUCAUUGGCCGAAGCAAGAAGGACAUCCUGGGUUUUCUCAAAGACAGGGUACUCUCCAAAAUCCGAUCAUGGAAUCACAAAUUUCUAUCAAGGGCGGGAAAGGAAGUACUUAUCAAGAGUGUUGUCCAAGCUCUUCCAACCUACGCUAUGAGCGUGUUCCUCAUUCCUAAGGACAUCGUCAGAGAUAUUGAGUGUGCGAUCAAUGCGUUUUGGUGGGGGACAGAAUAUGGGAGUCGCAAAGGUAUCCGUUGGAAAUCUUGGUCCAAGCUUUGUACACCCAAAGAUUGGGGAGGUAUCGGUUUUCGCCAGUUUGAUCAGUUCAACUCAGCGCUCCAGAACCCAUCUUCCCUCGUUGCAAGAGUUUUUCAGGCGAAAUAUUACCCGGGAAAAUCCUUUCUGGAAGCUAACACUGGCAGCAACCCUUCCUACAUUUGGAGCAGCCUCCUCACCACCAGGGACAUCAUCAGACGACAUUCGCGCUGGAGGGACGCCUCUGUCUCCUCUCUUUUCAUCAACAACUCUCUGAAAUGGGACUUAGAUAUUAUCUCUGAAAUCUUCAACCAUAGAGAUGUUGCCCUCAUCGCCAACACUCCCCUUCCUAUCGCCAAUAGGGAUGAUAAGCUCGUAUGGAUGGGUGAAGACCGAGGCAAUUUCACUGUAAAGAGCUGUUACAGACUCCUCAUUGGUGAGCAGCCAGAAGCCAGUAAAUUGGAUUGGGCUAAUCUAUGGAAGCUCAAAGUCCAUCCAAAGGUGAAAUCCUUCAUGUGGCAGGCGUGCUCCUCCUGUCUCCCAACUACUGACUUGCUCCGUAUCAAAAAGGUUAAUUGUAUUGCUGAUUGCCCACUGUGUCACCAAGCUGAUGAGAGCAUUUUUCACCUCUUUGCACAGUGCCCUUUUGCUUUACAAUGUUGGCAUCUAUCCUCCAUUCAGAUUUCAUAUUCAGGUGUGCCUUCCAUUGGUGAAUGGCUCACCAACAAUAUGAAGCAGUUUGAUAAACACAGUUGCUGCCUCAUGCUUACUAUCUGCUGGUAUAUCUGGUUUGCACGAAACGACAUGGUCUGGAACAAUAUCAACCACUCUCCAUCGUCCAUUGUGGCUAGAGCCAAAACUCACCUAUCGGAAUGGUCCUACAUGCAUGCUAGAGACGAGUUCGCUCCACUUCAGCACUCAACCUCCAUCAUCAAAUGGAAGAAUCCUCCUCCAGGCCGACUUAAAUUAAAUGUGGACGCAGCGGUCAACAAAACCAGAGGUCACAUGGGUUUCGGUUGGAUUUUGCGUGAUGACCAGGGAUCAUUCGUGGCAGCUGUUAGCACACCUUGGUAUGGUCUAUUCUCGGUUAAGGAGGCAGAAGCUAUAGCAGUUCGUGAAGCGCUCAGCUGGCUAAAAGCAAACAACAUCUCUCACUGCGACGUUGAGAUUGAUGCCCUUCAGAUUACCCAGAGACUCAGCUCUCCUCUUUUUUAUUCCCAUUUUGAUCUUAUUUUACUUGAUGUUAAAGAUUUAUUGUCAUCGAUCCAUGAUGUUUCUAUAUCUCAUGUUAAACGCUCAGCGAAUAGGAUUGCCCACUUGUUAGCUCGGGAAUCCCUUUCCAUGUCUGAGCGUAUGGAGUGGAACUCCUCCCCUCCUGUUUUCAUUGUUAAUUCUCUGUACUUUGAUUUAGUUUAA